UGUGUAUAUGUAAAGAUUCUAAACAAGAUUGCAAUUGCCUCUGUAGGUAAGUACGGUAAGUACGGUAAGGACUAGGUAGGGAUCUUUGGAAGGCGUAAGGCAAAUUGCAAUGUACUAAGGUUACACAGGUUUACGAAGUAGUUAUGUGCUACACUGCUACGUACUUCGUACGUCCUAAGAUACACAGGUAGGAACGAAUGGCCUGCUCGGUCGGCCCUUUCCAAACUUUUUAGUUUGAAUAUCACAGCAAUUGCAGCUGGCUACAUCCAUGAUGUGUAUGUACUAGUAGUACUUACAUACAUACAUAUGUAGUACAAAGAACCUGGAAGCUUUCUAGUACUUGACUAUAGUAAGGUUCAAGCUGCUUCUAAACUUUUUUCUUGUACUCUUCACAAUCUUCCUCCUGGAAUCUAAUUUUUAGUAUUGUCACUACUAUUCCAAGCUUCUUCCUAUGGGCGAAUCCUAACUUAUCUCCACUAUCACUAUCCACUCGCGUUUGUCGUCAGAACACAUAGUAUAUAAGGAGACUUCCGGAUGCUUUAGUACUUGGUUGGAAUCGAAACGUCAAUCCAUGUUACGUGCUACCGUUGACAUCGACCAUUAACCGUCUGCUUCUGAUCCGUCUACUUGGCUUCAAUCUUACCCGUACUCACUGUCAAAAUGAAGACAGACAUUUUGGACGAGCCAUCGACCUACGAUGGGCAUGAGGCUACUAUACCCCGUGGAUGGUCCGCUUGGUUCGGUGGCCCCCGCGUGAGGAUAGGGCCUCGCAUCGCUCCUCAUAUAGUUCCGCUCAGCAUUGACAGUCACGAAUCAGAUAGUGGUCUCAGUAGUGAUGCCAUACUGAACAAGCAACUGGAGGAAGAGGCCAACUGUGCUAUUCAAUAUCGUACCUGUAGUUGGCAGAAGACAGCCGCAUUGCUAUUUUCUGAAUAUAUCUGCCUCGCCAUUAUGAGCUUUCCAUGGUCCUACAGCGUUCUUGGGCUUGUUCCAGGACUCAUUCUCACUGUUGUUCAAGCUCUUUUAGUAUUAUACACCUCUAUAAUACUUUGGGAAUUCUGCUUGCGACAUCCUGAGGUUCGAGAUGUAUGUGACAUUGGUCAGAUGCUAUUCUGGGGCCAGAAAUGGGCAUGGUACUUUACGGCCGUCAUGUUCAUUUUGAAUAAUACCUUCAUCCAGGGUCUCCACGUUCUCAUAGGUGCUAAAUACCUGAACACUAUGGUCGGCCCGGAUGCGAGUAUUGCUUGCCAAACUGUGUCUUUUGGUGCCAUUGUCACUGUUGUUUGCUGGCUGUCCUCGCUACCUCGUACUUUCAGUAUGCUUUCAAAGCUCGGCACCGCAUCUGCCGCCUUCACUUUUAUCUCGGUCAUUCUAGCCACCAUUUUCGCCGGUGUACAGGGCCGCCCCGCUGGUUUCCUCGCGGAGCCAAGCACCGACCCGGACACUGGCGCGUCGUUACCUUCCGGUCUCCCCAUCGUCACGGCCGUCCCAAUCCUAGGGACUACGUUUGUUGCUGGCUUGGGGGCAUUUCUUAAUAUCAGUUAUACAUUUAUCGGACAGAUCACCCUUCCCAGUUUCAUUGCUGAGAUGCGUGAGCCUAGGGACUUCCCCAAAGCUCUCUGGGCAUGCACAAUUCUUGAGAUAAUAGUGUUUAGCAUCGUUGGUGCUGUCACAUAUGCAUUCGUCGGCAAUCAAUAUAUGACUUCACCAGCCUUCGGGUCCUUGAUACCACUGUAUAAAAAAAUCGCCUUUUCGUUCAUGAUUCCCACCAUUAUCUUUUUAGGUGUCUUAUACGCUUCGGUAUCAGCACGAUUUAUCUUCUUUCGAAUUUUCCAAGACUCUCGACACAAGAACGAACAUACAGUUGUUGGCUGGGUAUCUUGGGCUCUUAUCCUGCUCGCUACUUGGAUCGUCGCUUUUAUCAUUGCUAACUCAAUACCCUUCUUCAACUCCCUUCUUGCUCUCAUGUCCUCUUUAUUCGAUUCAUUUUUUGGCUUCAUCUUCUGGGGUGUUGCUUACUUCCGCUUGCGCAAAGCCGAUGGAGCUGUCGCAUUGUUAAAAGACCGAUCAUUCCGCGGGUGGUUUGAGGGCAUAUUGAAUAUCAUCAUCAUCUUGACCGGCUUUUUCUUUCUCACGGUCGGAACCUAUGCCAGUGUUCAAGGUAUCUUGGAUGAAUUUGCAUUGGGUACAGUUGGGACUGCAUUCCAGUGUGCGAGUAACGGCAUUUAAAAGUAUUUUCAUGUACACAUUUUCAACAGGAGCAGGAGAUACCCAAUGAUGAACAUAUCGACGAGCAUGAUGGCAAGAGGCAGGGAUAUUGAUAUAUGCUUUAUACAUUUGUAAAACCAGUGGAUAGCACGGUUUGCUGAUUCGGAGUCUAGAAGACGGUGGUUGACUCGAGACCAAAUGGGACCAAGGGGGGUCUGACACUUCUUAUCGCAGUAU